AUGUCGUCGACCUGCAGCGCCGUGCCCGUGGUUGGGCGCGUGGCGCGCGCAGGCCGCCGACAACGUCACCGAUUUCCUCGUUUGCGCAGCAGCCCCCGCUGGCGGCACGGAUUGCUUCUUCGCUGCGUUGCCAGCCACCUCCGUUUUUCAUGCAUUCCGAGCGCGAAGGCGCGCGCGUCGCAGGGAGGCUCGACGACGCUCGGCGUCCCGAGAGAGGAGCUCCUCGGGCUCAGUCCCAAUUGUGACAAAUGCCACGUCGGCUCGUCCCGGGCACACAGCGGGUCUCACGAGGCCCCGCGCAGGCAAGAGGGCAGCAUACUCGACCUGGUAGUACGCCUGCGAGGCUGA